AUGAUAGGCGACGCACAGGACGAGGGAACUAUCCUAUUGUCGAUGUUAGUCGAUCCGAUCACUUAUAACAUAACUAAUCCCAAAAACUUUACAUAUAAUGAAGCAUUUAAUGCAUUGAAGACAUUAUCUUCCGGACUAAAAGUUAGUAAACCGCUUAACGGCGAAGACGUCUCCCGAAUGUAUUUCACGGGUCUCUCUACUCAUACCGACAAAAACCUAUUGAUUCAAGAAAUUGGUAUCGCUUUCGGAGAUUAUGCCAUCACUUGUCCGACCAUUCAGUUCGCGAAGAAUGCCUUUUCAAGUGACAAAACCGGAACUAAAGUCUUUCAAUACUAUUUUAAUACUAAAUUAGGAAAACCUAAGAUAUAUUGUGUGGGAAAAUGGAUGGGUGUCUGUCAUGGAAGUGAUAUUAUCACUGCCUUCGGUCUACCAUUUCUUGCGCCAAAAGACUAUUUAGAUCGCGAACGAGAGAUAUCCUCACAAAUGAUGAAUUCCUUUCAUAAUUUAGUUAAAAAUGGUAACCCUGGUACAAUAGACGGCGCCCAAUGGCCGCAAUACUAUUCAAUGGGAGCCAAUAUAAUAGCGCCGUAUUAUGAGUACACAAAUGAACCGAAAUCUGUCACUAAUUUCAACAUUGGAUUAAAGAUCGAUGAAUGCGAUUAUCUGUGGAAUCAAUACAACCAUUGA